AUGGCUGUCCUCCGAGGCGUCGCGAUAGCUGUGGCUCUCGCCUUGUUCUCGCCGGUUGACGGACUCUACCAAAAUGGCUCAACCUUCACGCCGUGCGAUUCACCGCUCUACUGCCAAGGCGACAUUCUCAAGCAGAUCGAGCUGGCCCAGCCCUUCUCCGACUCCAAGACUUUUGUAGAUCUACCGACCAAGGUACCUCUGGACGAGGUCAUUGCUGCCUUCGACAAGCUCGCCAAGCCUCUGAGCAAUAACACCGAACUGAACGACUUCCUGGCCACCUAUUUCGGCGAAGCUGGUUCUGAGCUGGCAGAAGUACCUGCUGACCAACUGCAAACUGACGCCGUCUUCCUGGACAAGGUAGACGACGUCGUCAUCAAACAAUAUGUGCAGAAGGUCAUCGAUAUUUGGCCGGACCUGACGAGAACCUACGUCGGCGCCGGCAACUGUACCGGCUGCGUCGGGAGCUUCAUCCCAGUGAACCGCACAUUCGUCGUUGCUGGAGGCCGCUUCCGAGAGCCCUACUAUUGGGAUUCUUUUUGGAUACUGCAAGGCUUACUACGAACCGGCGGCAGCUUCACACAGAUUUCUCGAAACAUCAUCGAAAAUUUUCUCGACUUCGUUGAUCAGUUUGGCUUCGUUCCCAAUGGCGCACGGCUUUACUAUCUGAAUCGUUCUCAGCCACCCAUGUUGACACAGAUGGUUAGGACCUACGUCGAGUACACCAACGACACGAGCAUUUUGGAACAUGCGCUACCGCUGCUCAUCAAAGAGCAUAGUUUCUGGCUGACGAACCGAACGGUGGAAAUCACCACCGAUGCCUGCACCUAUACCCUGGCCCAUUACGGGGUCCAGAAUACGGAACCACGGCCAGAGUCCUACCUUGAAGACUACAUUACUGCCAAUAACCACUCUUACUACGCAACGUCUGGUAUUAUCUACCCUGAGUCGAAGCCUUUAGACGAAGACGAGAAAGCGACGCUUUAUGCCAAUCUUGCUUCAGGGGCAGAAACUGGAUGGGAUUACAGCUCGCGAUGGAUUGCAAAUCCAUCGGAUGCAGCGAAUGACGUAUACUUCCCGCUCCGCUCACUCAACACGGUCAACACAGUAGGGGUUGAUUUGAACUCGAUUCUCUACGCGAAUGAGAUUGCCAUAUCAGGCUUUCUGAGAGAUAAUGGAAGCGACACUGCGGCAGCAGAAUACGAGUCCAUGGCCAAGAACCGAUCUGCUGCCAUGUACGAUCUGAUGUGGAACGAGGAGUACAGCAGCUAUUUCGACUACAAUCUGACAUCUCAAGCUCCAAACCUCUAUAUCCCACCAGACUCCGAUACAACCACGGCACAAAGUGCCGAUGCUCCAGAAGGACAUCAGGUGCUCUUCCACGCCGCCCAGUUCUACCCCUUUUGGCUGGGCGCUGCUCCUCCACAGCUAAAGAACAACCCUCUGGCGGUGAGGAACGCGUUCAAGCGCGUGUCGGACCUUCUUAUUGAGAAGCCUGGCGCUAUUGCCGCAACGAAUUACCAGACUGGUCAACAAUGGGAUCAGCCAAACGUCUGGCCGCCCUUGAUGUACGUGUUUAUGAAGGGUCUGCUUGACACGCCACCGACGUUUGGAGAAGACGACCCAUACUUUGUCGAGACGCAAGAUCUGGCUGUUCGGUUGGCACAACGGUUCCUCGAUAGCACGUUCUGUACCUGGCGAGCGACGGGCGGCGCCACGGACGAGACGCCGCAGCUCGCUGGUAGUGACCCGAGCGAGAAGGGCAUCAUGUUUGAAAAGUACGCAGACAACUCGACCAACGUGGCUGGCGGUGGAGGCGAGUACGAAGUCGUCGAGGGCUUCGGCUGGACCAAUGGCGUGUUGAUCUGGGCCGUUGAUACCUUUGCCAAUAACUUGACCCGUCCGGACUGCGGUAACCUGACAGCCGCCGAUAUCGACCCGGCGAGAAAGAGAGCCUCUGUGGGACGUAGAGCGGUCGAGUUGCCUGCUUACGAUGCGCGGUGGACUAAGAAAUUCGGACGGCGAGCUAUUUGA